AUGUAUCAUCAAGUGAUUCUGUUGGGUUUAAUUGCAAGCACUUUAGCAAGUGUUAUUCCUAUUUCGAUAAGUAACAUUAUGGAAGAAUACAAAGAAUUCGCGCCGCAAGAAGUAACGAAUUUUUACAACGAUCUAACCCCAGAAGAUAAGCAAAUUCUUCGUGAGCUAGCUAGCAAUCACGCAUCUUUCGCGAACGAAGAUGCAGUACUUCAAGCAUUCAAGGAAAAAUCUGAAAAACUUUACAACAAAGCAAUCGAGCUGAGGAACUUCGUAAAGGCGAAAAUUGAUAGCCUCAACACUGAAGCUAAAACAUUUGUUGAGGAAGUAAUUGCUAAGAUACAAAUGCUGAUACCAAGAGGUCAGCAAAAAUUUGAGAUUGAAAAGCUCAAGAACGCAAUUCAAGACAUUGUUGCCAAGUACCGACUACUUACCGAAGAAACCAAAGAAGAGCUGAAAUUAACAUUCCCACAGACUACGAAAGUCAUAAGCAGUAAGUUUAUCACCAAUUGA